AUGUACUCGAUGAAUGUAGAAAUUCCAUUUGAAACUGAAAGACACGCAAAAAUCGCGUUGAAUUCAGUUAUUCAAGACGAAGAGCCUCGCGCUGGAACGCAUAUUGAACGAAAAAUAUCUGUAGAAAGGAAUCUGCUGAAAGUCUCAUGGGAAGCCGAAGAAGCCCGUAUUCUCAGAACCUCCGCCCAAAGCCUUUUACAACUGCUUGUUUUAGUGACGCAAACUAUCGAACAAUUCGACGGUCUCGAGUGA